UUAUCGCAGGCUUAUGCCAAAUUUUCUGGUGCUCCCCUGACAGUGAAUACUAUACAUAACUCUUGGAGAGCUCCAAAAGGAGAUGUACCAGUUCUGAUAUCAGAAGACAUUGUUAUUUCUCAGCCAGCAAAAAUAUUAAACUUCUUAAGAAGACAGAAGUAUAAUGCUGAUUAUGAAUUGUCUGCAAAACAAGGAGCUGAUACACUGGCAUAUAUUGCACUACUUGAAGAGAAGCUGCUUCCUGCUCUGCUGCACACUUUCUGGGUUGAGGCUGAAAACUACUGCAGCGUGACAAAGCCAUGGUUUGCCUCAAGGAUUGCCUUCCCACUGAGUUUGUAUCUGCCUGGAAAGAUGUCCAGGGAAGCACUGAAUAGGAUCUUGCUAACCAGGGGUGGGCCUCCACUCUACAGUCUCACUGAAGUGGAAGCACAGAUAUACAGGGAUGCCAAGGAGUGCCUAAAUCUCCUGUCGAAGAGAUUGGGAACAUCUCAGUUUUUCUUUGGAGAUACGCCUACCACCUUGGAUGCCUUUGUGUUUGGUUUCCUUGCACCGAUUUAUAAAGUGUGCUUCCCCAGAGUACAAUUACAAGAGCAUUUGAAACAGCUUCCCAAUCUGUGUCGAUUCUGUGAUGAUAUUUUAACUUGCUACUUCAGGUUAACUCUCUCAGGCCAUUCUCCGGCUGGACAGGAUACAGCAGAUGCUAAUCUGCAGAAACUCACACAGCUUGUAAAUAAGGAAUCCAACUUGAUUGAAAAGAUGGACGACAACCUUCGUAAGAGUCCUCAGCAUCCCCCUCGAAAGCUAACAACGCUCAAGCUUGCUGCGGGUGGAGAAGAAGGCAGUCCAUUGAAUCGUUUGUCACCUUGACAGGUUUUGUUGCUCAUACACGUGUUUGCCUUCAACUCUUCUGAGCACCACAGUACAUUUUUACACAUGAAUGUUGUUUUGCAAGGGAAGAAUCUGCUAAUAGGUACAAGCAGGGAAGAAAUAAUAGCUUAACAAUCUACCUACCCAUUCUUUUAAGAAAUUGCAUAGUUCAGGCUGACCACACACUAAGAGGAGGCCAAAGUAAACAAGAGGCUUAUUCCUGCAGAUGUUAACAUGAUCUUGUACAGCAUAUUUUUGCCUUUAGCCUAGCAGAAAUGUUGACCAAAAGUUACAAUUCCACUUAUGGAAUGUUCACCAUUAUUUUAUGUUGUGGCUUUUGAUUUUACUGUAAUCAUGUAACUAUAUGUGAGUGGGUAUACUCUUAUAUCUGUCUGAAAAUUACAAAGUCCAGUUGCAAAAUUGGUGAAAAGACCCAGAAAAAAAUGAAAUAUUGCCCUUCAUGGCAGCUGAGAAAUGAAAAGCAAUGGGAGGAAGUUAAAUAUUUUUUAUUGUGCUUUCAUGAACACUCCUGGGUCUUGUGUUUUAAGGUUGUCUGUAUUUUUGAAAACUUGCCAUGUUGUACUUUAAGGGGGAUUGUUGAAAAGUGUGCACGCUGUGGGGAGUACAAUGAUGUACAAUACUAACAUUUCACAGGUACCUGGUAUUAGUCCUGUGUGAAACGCACUUAACUGCGCACAGGGUAAUACCACAUGAUGCAAAACUGUUAAGGCAAAAUCACAGAGGACUGCUAGUGAGAUGGAGAGGUUUGAUUAGCUCCUGUCAGGACAGGAGACUUGACUAGCAAACAUACUGUGGCUCUGGAUUGAAGGAAACUGGGUAGGGUUUUACAAGAUUUUUACAAGAUUGGUUUUAGGUUUACAAGAAAGCUGAUGUAGGCUUUUAAAUUUGUCACAGAUG